AUGUUGCUGCGAGGUACCCUCUCCUGCCCCUGGGCUCGCAUAACCGUCGGCGACGGGAGGAAAUCCUUCAUCCAUGGACGCUCCGUAGGGUGCAUCACGGUUCGUCCCCAAUCCUCGCCGCGUCUCUUCUCCGCUGGCGCCACUAGGGUGGAGGCGGCAGUGCCGCCCUCCAUGGUGGGAUUUCUCGUCAGCUCCUGCGGCCUGUCGCCAGACGAGGCCACGAGGGCUUCCAAGCGCCUCCCCAGCGUCAGAUCCCCUUCGAAUCCCGACGCGGUCCUCACCUUCCUGAAGCUCAAAGGGUUCGACGAGGAGCAGAUAAAAAAGAUCGUCUGCUCGAGGCCCCAGCUCCUCUGCGCCGACGUGGAGAGGACAUUGGAGCCCAAAUUUAGAGUUCUGGAGGAGAUCGGAUUCCGCGGCCCCAGCCUCUUCGACGUGAUCAAGCAGAACAAUCGCUUCCUCUGCUGCAGCCAGGACAAGGUUAUCCUCCCCAAUAUCUCCCUCCUGAUGAGGGACUGCGGCAUCAGCGGGGCGAGGAUCCUUAAGAUCCUGAAGCGGAGCUCCUGGGUGGUGAGCAGGAGCACGGGCUCCCUCCAGGAGCUCAUCGUCCGGGUGGAGGAGCUGGGAUUCAAUCGGGACUCCCGUAUGUUCGAGUACGCCCUCUGCGCUCUCAGCAAGUACAAGCGGAGCACGGUUGCCUCCAAGCUAGAGAGAUUCGCCAGAUUCGGUUGGACGGACGAGGAAAUCCUCAGAGCCAUGAGGCUGGCACCCGUCCUCCUCACUCUCUCCGACAACAAGCUGAAGAAAUCCAUGGAGUUCCUAAUGGGCGUGGCGGGCCUGAAGCCGGCCUGCAUCGCCUCCUACCCUGUCAUGCUGAUGUUCAGCUUGGAGAAGAGGGUCAUGCCCAGGUACCGAGUCAUGGAGCUACUGAAAUCCAAAGGGCUCCCCGGGGGGAAGCUUGACUACGCCAGCGCUCUACGCCUUUCGGAGGCCAGGUUCUUGACCAAGUUCGUCUUCCCUCACGUCGAGGCGCAUCCGGAGCUCGAGGAAGUGUAUGGUCCUGCUGCGCCGCCAAAGGAAACGCCGGACACCAUCGCCGGCUGA